UAUUGGCCUAUAUUGUGCUGUUUUUACUUUUCACUAACAUUAAUGCUUGAUGGAGCGGAGUUAGACCACACUGAACACGUCGUUAAUCUUUGUUUUUUCAUCCUUUCAGGGAAGCGGUUACAGGAAUGGAUCUCUGUUCUUCUGUGCUUCGUUUUGCUGUCCUACAACUUCUGCAGUCUCGUCCGCUAUUUCACCCUGGAUCACAUAGCCAGCAUUGUUUUUAGUAUCUGUAAGUUGAACUCUUCCCAUAUUAUUGUAUUUAUAUUUUUAAAACCAUUUUUAAUUUAAUUGUAACCUGACCACUUUAUUCACAUUUAAAUUUAGUGUUGUAAAAAAUGUGACUGUUGAAUCCAACACAGUAAUUUGCCAGGGUUCCAUCUUGAAGGCAGCAGAGUUAUAUUGUUUAAAAAAACUUUUAUUGAGUUAGGUUAAAAAAAACAAAACACAAAUUGAAAUACUGAAGCCGGAUCCUGUAUUUUUAUUUGUGUCCAUGGUGAUAUAUUUUGAUGCUCACAUAUAGCAUACAGUUAUCUGCACUGUUAUAUACGGUGCUCACAGUCUUGGAGUGCAGUGCUGGGUCUUGUGCUCCUCUGUGUAAAGGCAGCCACGUGGAGGGUCCAGCAGGUGUAGCAGGAGUCCAUGUGUAAGCCGGUAGAGAUCAUAUGGUUGGAAAGCAGUGAUUGAGUAACCCCAGCACAAUUGGUUCUGGAGAUCCAACUCUGCUGGUGCCUUUUAGGAAUUUGAUAAUAAACGGUAUAUUAUAUAUUAUAGGCUGAACCGAGUUUUAUACAGGUGUUGACACUUUUUUUUUUUUAUGAACAAAGGAAAACCGUAUUUACUUACAUUAGAGUGAUUGUUAGGCAGAGGGGCAAUGGGAAUUACACUUGCUUAAGUUAUAUUCCUUUUGGCUUGCAAGGGUCGCAUCAAAGCUAUAGCUAACCUGCUUAUCCGCAGACCACAAGAUACCGUUAUAUAACCCCCAUGCCGUGCUUGUCCUGAUCACUUUCCAGCAUAUUACAGGCAUUUCAGUAUACAGGAGUGUACACACUACCUGAUCUCACCAGUCCAUUUACCGCAUGGGUUUCGGUACUUGCACAAACAUACUUUCAUGUAAGCCAAGGCCACCCUUGCUGGUGUGACCAUGAUAGUCCUGGAACGUUUUGAUCAUACCUCUCUGUCCCAGAUUGCUGGGAGUACAGAUCUGUACAGAUCUCUGUGAAACGAGAGGGCUUGGCUAAUGGUUAAGGUCACUUACUGUAAAGUAGUAUGUUACAACCAGUAUGCAAUGGCACUUCAAUGUGCGCCACAAACACAGUGACUUCAGGGCUGUAAAAGCCUGAAUGUAGUGUUUUAAAGGGAAACUCUAGGCACCAGAAUUACUGCAUCUUAAUACACUGACGCUGCAGGCUCUGCAAUCCAAGCACUGUCUUUUCUGAAAAAAGGCAGAGUUUAUGUUGCAGUCGAAGGUCAACUCUAGAGGUUGUCCAUGUACAGUCAGUCAGGCACUCCAGCAAUACGUAAGCUGUAGUCCACAUCACCUGGAGUGCUGAAGGUUACCUGCACUAGAGGGAAAUCCUCGAUGUAGUUCUGCAAAGAUUGCAAAAUCAAAGUUUGCUGUCUCCAUGCAGAGUGUGGAGAUGCAUGGAGUCAAUGCAUCCCUAUGAUAAAAUGCUGAUUGGUAUAGCAAUUUCUAUGCAUGCGCACUAGCCUCCUCAUGCUUUCCUAUGAAUGGGUAGGGUUCAUCAAUAUUGAUGACCUCAACCAGCAAAGCUGGGGUGACUGUUGCGAGACCGGUGUGCCAGGGGAAAAGGGCAAGUAAAUCUAUUUAACCUUCUUAAUUAAGGAAAGCCUAAUAAUCUAAAUUGUUCGUAUUCUUCUCCACAGCACCUUCCUUGCAUAGACCUCUCAUUGAGCUGCUUUAGGAAGUCUGUGAUUGGACAGCCACAGAAAGUCUGGGCGGAGUUAGAAGGGGAGGGCUGCAAAGGCAGCAGGCGAGAUCUUUUUCAGAUAUAACCUCAGUGGAAAAAUGCAUAAUUAAAUGCAUGAAGUUUUUCAUUCGGGGUAUAUCUACUAAACUAUUUUUAUUUGUUUUUAUAUUUGAUCCUUUUAAAGUGGCUGCUUUAAAACUUACAUUUUCAUAUGACAAUUAAAACAGCCAGUUUGGUUUGUAGAAUCUUCUGGUAAGGCUUCAGAUAGAUGCAACGUUUAUAAGUUACUGAUGAAAGUUGAAGUGUAACUAGGUCCACAAAAGGUUGGAACUCUCUGUUCUAGAUAACCGCAGAAAUAUAAGCUCUGUCACGGAAACGUAUGUAAAUAAAUAUAGCCCUGGUUGCUGUGGCAAUACAACAAAUAGUCUCUUAUUGUAGAGUUUUUAUUUGGCUUUGUAGAAUUGUUAAUGCAGGAGGAGGCAUGUUUCCUGGUUUCUUAUUUCCUGUAGCCUGCACAACGCAUCCAUGGCAGGCUCUCAAAGGCCCAAUACGUGGUUUACGUUUAUUUUGAAAAGUAGGGUUUUGCAACAUGAAAAAUGCAAGCUGUGUAACUAUUAGCAACGCAGAUAACGUGCAGGGCAGCAGAAUGCAAGGAAGUUAUUGCUAAAUGCAAAGUUGUUAUAAGUGAAAGCUGAACUGAUGCAUGGAGUUUGUUAAAAUGUGCGUGGAAUCGUUACACGAUCUCUUGUUGUUGUAGUUUCAUUAAUGAUGGACCUACAGGUCUGGAAGUGUUGGAGAUAUUAGAUACAUUCAGUCCCAAAACGACCUACAUUUUGUGGUGUUUUCUUGUCCGUUUUUCAGAUUGCAUAAUGUGGUGCAUGCUGGAAUAGCAAGUGUUGAAAGCACAUGAGCCAGGGAUUUUUUUACUGUGACUGUGCAGUGAGUAUCAUCAUGGGGUGUGUAUCUCUGAAAUUCCAAGAUGCCUGUUGUCAUUGAAACUUGAGUCGGCUCCCUUGAGCCUGCAUGCCGGGAGCAGCCUCGCGCUGGAUGUGCUCUGCUGUCAGUGGUGUCCAUUUCAAUAUCCCCUGUUUGCAUAUAAUACAUUAUCUAGCAAUAUAAUUCCAUUACUAAAUCCUUAUAAAGCAAGCCUGAGUGCGUUAUGUCCCCGUUAAACUGGAAAUCGUGAUUCAACUUGUAUCAUGUGAGAUGCCGUAAUGACAACAUAUUACUUUAACCCAUUAUGGCUUUCCAUGCUUACACACAUUUACAUAUUUAACUCUGAUCCUAUUUAAACAUUCAGGGUCAUUUUCAAAUGAAUGCUCCUAGCACCAUAACUACCCCUCCGGCCUGCACACUCUGUCCACAUGUCCCCACAAUUUGAUCAUUAUAAUCACCAUAUUUUCUAAAAUCCCCAUAUAUUGCCCCAUGCUAUGUGCGUUUUAUUUAGUUUUUGAUCAUAAUGUGAAGGCCAGGAUUGGCAGAGGGGCUGCAGCCAUUUCCUGGUCUGGGGAAAGUGCAGAAUAUGCAUAAAAUACAACCUGUACUGCAUGUGAGGUGUAUACACAAAAAGCUGUUCACAUUUUCUUGUAUAUAUGUAGCAGUUCUGGCCAAUUUAAACCCACUGAAAAUAACUUGAACUGCCCCAGCCGGGACUCGACACCCCUCCGGCAGAUCUAAGUCCCAGGCAGCCGCAAGAUCAUCUGUAGCAAUAGGAAGCUCUGUCUGGUUCCAGAAAUCACCCGCAGCUUUAUCUACUGAGUAGGUGUUGAUGCGUGAUAAUGUGCAGGUUCGCUGUAGUUAAUGAUUACCUGUUCAUGUUCCUGUUGCAGGACUCGAACAAAGGGCUCAUCUCUUGCAGGUGUCUGGUUAGAGAGACGUAAGUGAUUGUUCUAGAGAGGCAUGUAGACUAACCGCAAACCUGCACAGAAUGUUCUCUGACCGACUCUUAGCGUUUUAUCCUCCCUGAGACAAGGGAAAAAUGUUUAUCUUCAAAAGUGUAUUUUUCUCUUCCUGAAUCUGCUUUCUCCUACUUUCUGAACUUCUUAGAUUUCUAAAAUGCUUCAGUAAGUGAAUAGUGUAACCCUAUUAAAAUUUAACAUCUAAACAAUAUAUAAUGUUGCAUGUGGUUAUAGUGAUUUAUUCAAAUUGCUGCCAGGCUUAUACAUAAGAUGUUUAAUGUGCAGCAAUACAUAGUGACUGACCUGUCUAUUUAAAGGAACACUCGUAACCUAUAUGGCGUUCUGUAGAGAUUCUGGCGGCAUUUUCUGUAAGUGUUUGACACUAACUGUGCUCAGCCUGUGAUCAUUGUGGUCUAAUUGCUGUGAAAAUGUGGAAGUUCGUACAAUUCUGCGUUAUCACUGUCUGAAAGGGGUAACAGAUUAGCUUCAGACAUUGUCCCGGCUCCCUUAAAAGUAUUGCAAGUAAUGUAUUUAUUAAAAAUAAGUGUGUGUGUGUGUGUGUAUAUAUAUAGUGUGUGUGUGUGUGUGUGUAUAUAUUUAUAAUUAAAGAGGGGGAAUUUAAAAUACAUUUAUUGCUGCACUUGAACAGAAAACGUCAGACUCCCCUCACCUGCAAGAAACGUCAUCAAUUAGACUGCGCUCAUUGCUGUCUAUAGAUUAUAAACUGAUCCCUAAACCUCUGUCCAGUAGGGGUUUAUGGGAUCAUUAAUUUAUCCUCCACAGCUGCAAGUCAGCUCCUCCUAUAGGAAUAAUGGAACCGCUCAAUCAGCGGCUCUAUAAACCUUCUCAAUGAUGCAGGUUGUUGUGGUGCUAAAACUGACCUUUUUAAUGCUGAGGAUUCUUAGCUAUAAAUCCAGUUACUCGCCCUAGAAGUGUCAGCUCAGGCUGUAUGUGGUCUGGUCCACGUGGCACCCCAUAAUGUCAUCCCACUUUUCAGUGGCCAGGUAAGUACAUCCUAUUGCUCUGUAAAUCUUGAACACAGUCAUGUUAACUCUGCAAGACUCAGAUUGGUGUGUAGGAUAGCGUUUCCAAUAUCUGAUUACAAACUGUUAGAAAACCCUAAUUAAAUCUUUAUCGCUUUGCAGUAAUUAAUCCGUCUGGACUGAUUGAGAAUGUCGUCACAGAUCCAGUCUGCCCUCCACAACUCCCAGAGCCCUUGGCCAGCUUCUCUGGCGAGCUAAUGUUUGUAGCAAAUUCUGACGUUUUGAACUUUUCAUAAUGCGUCUGAAUCAAGCAGACUAAAUGAACUUGCUGCUGAAGCCAGUCCCAAGGUGUAAUCCGUUUAACAUAUUCCCCCUGUGCGCAGAUUAAGAUCAGAGAAAUUGUUAUAGUAGGAUUAAGGCUCUCCAGCCCAUUGAUAGCGCAGGUGCAUGUAAAUAAGAGAGUGUAUCCAUAGUUCUUAUAUUAAAGGGACACUCCAUGUGAACAAGUGCACAUAAUGUAUAUAUUAUAUGUAUGUGUAUAUGUGUGUGUGUGUGUAUAUAUGUGUAUAUAUGUAUGUGUGUGUAUAUAUAUAUAUAUAUAUAUAUAUAUAUAUAUAUAUAUAUAUAUUUUCUACCGUUAGGAAUACUGCGCCUCCUGAAAACUGCACCAUUACAGAGGGAAGUCACGUGCAUUUUUGUUUUUUCACCUCUGUAAACCUAGAAGUGUUUACGGAGUCGAUUUUGUGGCAGACGUGACUAAAUACAUAAACAAUACCAGGGGAACUGCCAUUUUGGGGUCCUGAUUACCAGGACUUGACACACAAACACAUUGAUGGUUAUAUCUGCAAAGCAUCCGAUGCGCAAUUACCUUUGGAAUCUUCUGAAACCUUAUUUGCAUCCAAUGCCUGACUAUGCCACUUCAGACCUAGCAUGUCCAAAUUAUAAAAAUUCAGUAACAAAACGGUGUGCCUGCUGGAUAAUCUAAAUCUGCCCUAACCUAAACCAGGACAGUCACAUCUACAAUAAAAUCCCAGUACUUUUUUUUGAUUAUUUUUUUUAAACUAUUUUUCUUUUAUUAUUUGUCUCGUUCCACUUAUGAAAAAGAUACACACAAUAGCAAAAUGCCUACAGCAGCAUCAAAUCAUUAGGCAUUUACUAGACGUGGAGUGAGGAAUUUUAUUAUAAAAGAUAUAUUGCCAAGCCUAGGAGUGCACACAGAAUUGGUGAUACGGUGUCAUUAUAGAAAUAUCCAAAGUGGCUGAUUGGUAAGUCUAGCUUACACAUGAGAAACGACAAUCGAAAAAAAUCCUAAAAAGAGCAUUUGGCAUAAAUCAUAAACCACGACACGUAUUGCUCUGCAAUAAUGGGAACUGUAGCGGAGGAUUCACCCGGGUUACCAGAAGUUGGAGAUGCCCAGAGACUGUAGAAAUGUGGGAGCUAGGGUCAAAUUAGCGAUUGUGUAGAAUGUGCUGUUUGCUUCUGCUAGUAAUCAGCGAGGGCCCCAUGUGCAGGAGACUGUGUGUUCAUGGAGAAUCUUGGUAAAUGGUCGGAAAGAUGCCUCCACAUUACGGUGUCGGGACAAGUCCCUAAAAAAAAACCAGAGCUGUGCUCCCUUGAGUACUUCUCCCUUUUCAGGCCUUCAUGUUUUCUGUUUGCAGAGGUGUGAUGAUGUGGAAAUCCUUGCUAACCAGAGACACUGCGUGUGAAGUGUUUAAUGAUUCUCAUCUCGCCAGCAUCCUUUUACUUAGUGCUUCAGAGCUUUUGCAUAUUUCUCUUGGCAGGAAACGCUGUGACACACGGGACAUUCCUGUGUACGCAGCGCUGUUUGUUUACGGAGCGCUCAGCAAGCUGUUUACAUCACUCGUCUUCUGGGUCUUCUUAAUGGUCUCUCCAGGGCUUAUACUGUUUUAAUGGCGGAGCACAGAUUGCAGCAGUUCUUACCAGUCAGUCGUUUUUCCCGAUGUGAGGGGGGAGAGCGUUUUCUCUGGAUAUAUCAGACUGUGCCGCUGUGCUUUCUAAGGUGCAUACCAAUCCUCUGCCUCGCAUUACCGCAGGCUCUUUGGCUUCCAAACCCUAGGCGGUGGCGACGUUGUGAAAUGUGUGGUUAUGGAUUUGAUACUUAAUAAGUCUGUGCCGGCAGCUCUGCUUCCUCUUUAAAUUGGCUCACGCUUUGUGGUUUGAGAUCUGGUUACUGAGAGGCCAAUGUGCUCAUACAUUUAUUGUAAGACAUUCGGUAAACAAGAAGCCAAGAUUUAUUAAUAUCCAAGUCUGGGCAGCAGGAAAGUUAGAUAUCAAAAGUGUAAAACCAGUUGUAAGUGUUUGGGAGCAUCUUCCUGUCAAUACAUGAAAACAAUAUUUGGUAAUGUGAAUUUGUGAUUUGAUUAAAGGUAAACGGAGCCAUUAAUGGACCCAUUAGGCCUUAGAAUUAAAGGACCACUACAGUGCCCUGAGGGUGCCCUAAACAGCACUAAACAAACCACACACAUCAUAUACACUUACACACAUUGCUAUGGAUCAGCGAUAGUUUAUCUCAUUCAAACAAAUCAUACACCGCUCUGCGGCUGAUUGACAGAUGGAGCAUCCUGGGAAAUGUAGUGCCAAAUGAUAGCUGCCAUGGAUAUAUGCUCCUAAUAUUACUUUGCACCAGCGACUGUCACUGGUGGAUGGCCCCGAUUUCUCAAUCUUCCCCUUUUAGUUAACACACAGAAGCUUUGUUUAUUUAUUCCCUUCUCUAUCUCUCUUCCAAUUCAGCUGAUAAAAUAGCCAAUAUACUGAUAAUAGUGUGUAAACAGUGGCAGAUAAAGGCCAACAACCUGUGAGUCUGGAGAGGGGCAAUAAAUUACAAGUAACGUGUCUCCUUAUCAUGGAGCUACUGCGGGAAAUUGAUUUAUUUAUAAUUCGCUUUGAGUCAUAAAUUCUGAAAAAAUACUUUCUUAUUUAAAUGACUAAAGGACAAAACAAUAAUAUGUACCUGCUAAUGGAAUAGUUUGCCUUAUAUUUUUAUGUGAAUAUUUUAAUCUAGUAAAUAAGUGGUUUAUUAUGCAUGAAUUGUGCCAUUGUACAGCGCUACGGAAUAUUGCUGGCGCUAUAUAAAUAAUAAAAUAAUAUAAAUUACGUGGCAGCUGAUCGCAAUGCCCAUCAAAAGAUUAGAAAAAUAAAGAGCACACACACCUUCUCCUUUAAUCCUGCAGUUUAAUGUAACGUUUACUAUUGCACCAUCUCCUAGCCCCCUGUUAUAAGAUGUUGUUGUGUUUAUAUGACAAUAGUCUUGCGGCAAGCCUGCAGCGCUAGCAUUGCUCUACCCCUUCCACCAGCCAUAUGUUAGCACCGCCCAGUGCGGCUGCCUUUGGUAAUAUCUAUUUUCUUACGGUAAUGCUUCUAGAAUUUGUGUUUCUCCAGAAUUUGUGGGAAUUGUGAAACCACUAUUUAUUUGUAUAAUAUUUAUUGAUUGAUUUUCUGUGUAUUUCUUUUUUCUCGCAUUAUGCAUGUCCAUUUAUAUAAUUUUUAUCUAUUUUUCUCUUAGUUGCGGGAAUCAUCACAGCUGACUUUGCCUCGGGGUUGGUCCACUGGGGAGCCGACACGUGGGGAUCCGUGGAGCUUCCGAUUGUUGGUAAAGUAAGUGAUCUUAGUAAAUAUUUGUCUAAAUAUUCCCAGCUACAAAAGUACAGGUCGGUUUGCUCAAUUGGCUCCAAAAAAUUUUAACAAAAUUGGGUUUAUUGGUAUGGUGGAAGGCGUCUGCUAUACUAUAACUAAACCCUCAUUGGUUUUUUAGAUAUGUCAUUUUUUCUUUAUUUUUUUCAAUUGUAUAUAAUUAUCACAAACUGUAACCUACACAGGGCACUUAGUGUGUAAAAGAAAGAUUUUGACGCUAAAGCGCUUCUUAAUAAAAAAAAUUUUUUAUUUAUUUUUUAUCUUUUUAUAUUUAUAUGUAUUUUCUUUGUUCUAUUCCAGGCAUUUAUCAGGCCUUUUCGGGAACAUCAUAUUGACCCCACAGCGAUUACAAGACAUGAUUUUAUUGAAACGAAUGGAGAUAACUGCAUGGUAACGAUUCUUCCUUUGGCUAGCAUGGCAUACAAGUUUCUGUUCCUAACUCCAGGUGAGUGGUGCACAAACAGCCAAUUAUCAGAGACACUGUAAAUGGAUAGAGUAGAACUGAAUUGCUUUGCAUUUUGAUCAUUGUUGGAUUGAAUGGAAACACCAUUGUUCCUCGUGGUCUCUGAAAUAUAUUUACUUUUAUUUCCACUCUGUAUACAUAUUUUUAUUUCACUAGAUUUUUAAUGGGUAUUGUUCAUUCUGCAAAGACAAUGUGGUAUCCAUUAUUUAGACUAACUAGAUCAUGACAAGGAAGGAAGUAGAAAGGGGAAAAGAGAGGAACUGAUUAAUGUAGGAUUGUGACAGCUGGAGAUACGAUGUGAAUCUUUAUACUGGAAGAAUGUAAUAAUCCGUACUGGGCCUCUUGUUAACUAUGAGCAGAAGAGUUGGUUUUGUCAUUUUAUCUGAGUUUUCUGAAGGUUUCUGUAGCUUUCAUUGUACCAUUCGUUCUUUGGUUUGUGUUUGACAUGUCGUUACUCUCUCCCCACAUCACGACCUUCCAGAUGUAAUUUACAAAUCGUACCCGACAGAAUGUUUCAUCUUCGCCCUCGCCAUGUUUGUGACGCUUACAAACCAGAUUCACAAGUGGUCUCACACCUAUUUUGGUCUUCCUUGCUGGGUGGUCUUCCUUCAAGAUUGGCAUGUUAUCUUGCCACGUAAACACCACCGCAUCCACCACGUGUCCCCACACGAGACCUACUUCUGUAUCACUACAGGUACGUUUCUAUUUUGUUUUGUGAAGUAAUCACAAUGGUGAUUGGAUUAUUUCUGCAGAUCAGAUUUUGACAUUUGGCUUUGGGUGCACACUAUUCCAAUCUCCACAAAUGCCUUAAUGGGUGAUUGUUGUGUUAAUGAUCCCAUUUGUGCUAAUGAAAUAUCUAUCUGCAGUAAUUGUUAAAAUGUGCACACACAGGUUUAAUAAGGAACGAACAAGAAAUGAAGCUCUGCUUGCUGAUAUCACAUGAUUGUAGUUAGUUCAAAACAAAAUUGCCGCUUCUUUCUAUUUAAAGAAACACUGCAUUUAAUAGCUUUGGCCUAAAUUAGCCAUAGCUUUAUUUAUUUAUUAAAAACCAAAGAAAAACAAGUUACCUGCACUCUCUCAUUAAUUCCUAUGUAUCUUUAAACAAAUGGAGGUUUUUUAGUUACCUCCAAUGGCCAUGAGAGGAUAAGCCCACCUGCCAACGUCAAGGCAGACACCCCCAGGUGGGUCCUAACUCUAACCAUUCACCUUGCUUCCUUGAGCUUCUGGCAAAGAUCUCUAAUGAGACAGAAUAUAUUAUUAACCCUUAAUAGGGAACCCAUGGGAUGGGCGGCUGCAUUGUAACAAGGCUGAGUGAUACAAAAAAUGGAUACAAAUUCUGAAAGAGAAGUCAUGCGCUCACUCCCAAUACUUCUGGGCGGCAGCAAAGACUACAGUACACAUCAGCCCCAAUAUAUAGUUAAAACCAAAGAAAAACAUCUCAUGGCCAUUGGAGGUAACUAAAAAAACCUCCAUUUGUUUAAAAAUACACAGGGAUUAAGGAGAGAGCGCAGGUAACUUGCUUUUCUUUGGUUUUAACUAUAUAUUGGGGCUGAUGUGUACUGUAGUCUUUGCUGACGCCCAGAAGUGAUGGGAGUGAGCGCAGGACUUAUCUUUCUGCAUAACUUUAUUUAUUGCUCACAAAAUGUUAAAUCAUUUUUACCUGGAGGGGGGAAGGUUUGCAGCAUUCUAAAUUUUAACACUUUGCCCUCUUUCCCACCGCCUUUUCUUAAGUGCUUCCAUUUUGCUGUAUCUUUGCAAUAAUGGGUUUUCAUAUGAUCACAACACACAACAAAGCUUUCUGGUACCUGUACUUCUAACCGCUUACCUGAGUGAAAACUCACAACUGGCUUAAAACAGAAACUAUACUCUGCCUAUUAACCCCGGCUAAAAAGGGAAUUAUAAAGUUAUUGAAGCAUCCUGGUUGGCCAAUCACCUCUGUCUGGACAGCAAAACAAUGUUCAUUGUAAAAUGUCUGACGAGACAAAAAAAUGGCUUGAUCUUUUUAUUCUGAGAUUUCCCUGCUCAUAGUCCUAAAAUAGCAUCACCUUACAGUGAGCUAGAGGCUGAGUUUAGACUGAGGUUUUUACCGGCCUUUUUGAAAGCGCACGUAGCAGUGUCCUAAAACUGCCCGACAUUUCUAAUCCAACUGCAGCAUGCCACGUGCCUACUACUGUAAAAUCCAAGUUCUCUGCUGUUUUCAUGGUUCAAAUUAGAAAAACUAUGGUCUCAAAUGCCUGCAGUGGUUAUGAUAGUUAAUGCCUGAUCCACUUUUUGAUGUUUGAAUUGAGGAUGGCCAGGUGCACUAAGGACAGAUAAAAGUCUGAUGUUUAAUCCUGGUACAGUAUCUUUUGUAUUUAUGAAUUUGAUUUGGUCCUAGAAUAAAGGACAAGUAAAAUGCGUUGAACGUUGUGCGUUAAGUCUUUGAUUUUAAAUAUAUUGUCUUUCCAUUUUUAAGGUUGGCUGAAUUACCCACUGGAGAAGCUUGGCUUCUGGAGACGCCUAGAAGACCUCAUCCAGAGUGUGACUGGAGAGAAGCCACGAUCAGAUGACUUGAAAUGGGCUCAAAAAGUGAAGUGAACCGACACAUCUCUGACCCAACCUUGAACCAGUUUGCCAACUGUUUUAACUCAAAAUAAAUGAAACCUAAAGCCAUUAGCCAAAUGUCUAAAAUGAAAAUAACACAAAAACCAGACUUCUAUGGAAUUACUGACUUUUGAAGCGCAAACUAACUGUGCUAACACCAUAAACUGUUAAGCAACUACUCACACUCCAUAAAACUCGCGGGGCGUAGCCGAGCAGUGAGAGUACCCCUUGUUUCUGUGUGCCGGAGCUCUAACCGUUUAAUUUGCGGAUGUUCUAUUUGACAUUUCACCUUGCUGAGCCUCAUGCCUCCAUCCCAUGAGCCAGAUUAGAUGACGAUUGUACGCAAACUAACUUGCACUAUGGAAAUCCAUCAGUGAAAAUGAUUUCGCAUUUGUUGUAUCAACAUGAAUCUGCUGCCCUUGAUAUAGCUGACAUUUCAUGCAAAUAUGAAGAUUAUGUGCAGAGUAUUUUAUUUAGAAUUUUCUAAUUAUAUUUUUUGGGUCACCUGGUAUUUUAGAAGGGCUAAUAGUGCAUGUGUGGUUCAAAAUCAAUAAAAUGAUGGAUCGGCGUUCAGAUUGAGUGCACGGCACAAGUUUUAAAAAAAGGAAAAGAAAUAUUUUUUUUUUUUCUUUCAUAUAUAUAUUUUCUCAAGACCGUAAAGGUAAUGUCCUAAAUUUCUGACAAGGUGGUCCUCGCCGCUUUUUUAAUCUUGCGCUGAUAUUUUAGGAAUAUGUUUAAAAUGUUCAGGUUGGAGAAAUUCCCAUGUUUCAUUUGUUUGGGGUAUGGAAAGGUCAUAUUUCUGCGCCAACUUUUAACUCUUAAGUGCCAGUGUGGUGAGCCCUGAUUCACCAGUGUCCACCCACAGAGUUUAGUUCCGGCACCGACCACCAGAGUAAGCUAGGAGUGUGUAAUCCACAUUAACGGUUUUAGGAAUAAAAAGGUCACAGAAUUGUUUAACAAGCCAACACACUGCUGAGACUGUUUAAGCCAUUGCUAAUGUGUGUUCUCCCUUACCGGUGGAGUUGGUUGUCUGUAGGUUAGUAGGUGGUAGGAAAAUGUCCCUUUUUGAAGUGCACAAAGUGAGUUUGUUGUUGUGUAUAACGUUCUGUUGGUGUCGGGGAAUAAUCUUGACAUUUGAUUUUUGUUGGUGGCAGUUGACCUGUCAGUGUUUUACAGUCCAGAUUAGAGCUGUUCGCUGACCACAUCUAUUAGGAUGUGCCAGACAGUGGUGUUCGUGACUCCUUGAGUUUCCUCUUUUCACAAAGAGAAAACAUUGUUUUGGACAUCUGUUGAAAAGGUUUAUUUUUUUUUAUUUUUUAUUAUUAAAUAAUCUAAAUAAACAGUUGUCUUGGAACAUUUUCCUAUUCCACAGAUGGACAGUUUAUUCCCAAUAAUUCAUGGUACUGAAUACCAAUUGAUCAGACAUGAGCCCACUGAUAAAUUACAGAUCCAAUUACUUUGCGCGUUAUGAGGCCAGCAUACACGUUUGCAUGUUACAAUCGGUUUUGAGAAUUGUUGAGCAGAUUAUCUGCCUAGGCUUAUUUGUUAAUACACCAACUGUGUAAUAUCUUCAAAGCUUGGGUGCAAAGCCUCAACUCCCAGCAGGGUCCAGUCUGCCUGUCAUUCUGCCGAGUACAACGAGACCGUGUACAGCUGAGUUGUAUAAUUCCUCCUCCACUUGAUUUGCACAAGAAAGUUUCUUUCCUGUUUCAAUGUUUUCCUUGUUAUCAAUAUAGUUUGUGAGAGACAAGGCACUUGCACUGUCCAAUUAUUAGAGUUUUUACAAACACAAGGCCAUCUAAAGAUUAUUUUAUCAAAAUCCAGAUGUUUUGAGUCUGUCCAGCUGGAUUGUUAGAAUGUCCACAGUUUUUUAUUCAGCUGGCAAAUAUAACCAGAUACAACUAUGCCAAAAGAAGUCACUUCACUGAAAUUGUUUAAUAUUUUUAACCCCUCACAUAAGUUACCUAAUAGAUCUAUUUAUGUAUGUUUUGGCUCGCUCUUUGCUAUCUAUAUAUUGAUUCAUUUAUCUAUGCACAGCUUUCACAACUACCUUAUCAAUGACAGCCUGGGAAUUUCGUGAAGAUUUGCUUAUUUUUCUUCACAAUGCUCUGGAAAAAAUAAAAUUCGAUCUGGGUCCAUUUUUCUUUCUAAGUCUGUGAUUUUGUCAGCGAAUUGCACUAAUGGGAGAAUUUGCCCAGUUUUACUAUCUUGGCUCACUGCGUGCUGUUCUCUGAUUAAAUCAUGGUUCCGACAACUACGUUUUCUUGCUGAGAAUUUCAUGAAUCUGAGCAAAAUGUCCCCACUGACGCUCUCUAUGGUUCCUGGACCAAUAGUGUUUUUUUAAAGAUUACUGACCACGGAAGAUUUAAACGUCUCUUGUUUAACUCUUGAAGGUGUCGUUUUCAAAAUAAACUAAAACUCUGUUACUUUUCAUGUAUUUAAUGAUUGUGCACGGAAACAGACAAAGGUUAUAGGAGGAGCAUUAUUAUCCGAGUUGGCUGCCCAAACCUGGAAAUGUAACAUCAUGGUCAGUUUAUUCCGAACAGAUUUGGUGAAAUGUGCAACUGAUUAAAGAUUGUUUAUUGCUCGGUUAAACAGCAUGUGACGGACAUUUACACAACUACUGCAAUCAGAGAAAUGUAAACUGAAAAUCAGAUAUUGGGCUGCAAUAUUUGGGGGUUUUGUUGUUGUUAGUCUGUUUCAGCCUUAAAUUUGGAAUCUUAUUGUGAAUUCCUGACAGUUUGCCCUGCCUGUUGUAAAUUAAAACUGAUUUGCCGGAUUAAGACCAUAGUUGAGCUAGAAAAACAAAUCAGCUAGACCAGUCAGCACUUGGCUAUUCUAGCCCAGAGUUAGCAAUUUGUUUUUCAAUUCACUUUUUAACUUAAUGAAAUCGCCAAUAAUAUGUUUUAUUGGUCCAAAAAAAAAAAAAAAGUUUAGAGUCUUUUGAUGGGAACUCCAUGUUUUGGUAUUUCGAAUGGAACGAAACCAGUAGCACAAUAGUUAUUCUUUACAGUAUCUUUAAUCCUUAUCUUCCAGCUCUCUCCAUCUAUGCUGUUAAGAAAUAAUCACCGUAGUAAAUAUUGCCCUAAACAUCUGGAUUUUCCCCUGAUUGCACCCAGUACGAAUGGUAUCACAGGGCUGUUUGUGUUGGUUUAUAUAAUCUGUAUUCAGGAGCUGCUGUAUCAAAGUGUAUGAAGGAAUACGAAUAAGCCUGAUGGUAUUUUUUAUUUUUAAGGUGCUCGGAUUUUUGUUUCCCUGUACAUUAUAUGAAGCCUUAAAAUAUAAAGUUUUUUCUUGUGUAAUAGGGAAUAUUUUAAUUUCAUGUUCUAAAUGUGAAUAUAUUUAUAACAAAAAAAUUAGACAUUACUAAUCG